AUGAAGCAUAAGAAGAAGAGCAAGAAACGAGCUGAACCUGAACCCGAGUUACCGUCUACGCCCGAUUCUGGUAAAUUUUACAGCUUUACAUGGUUGAGGAUAAAGCUCUGGAAGAGUCUAGUUAGAGAGUCUGUUACUUACUCGGAGAGCGAUUCGGAUUCCUCAUGGGACAAAUUCGUAGGUGCCUUUUUGAAUUCACUAGUCUUCGUCGCUGCAAUCACUGUUGCAACGUUCGUUCUCGUCCUUCUCUUUUANGAAGAACUCAUCGCAAUCCUCACACCUGUCUCGAUUUGUAUGUUCACCGUUGUUCUACUUGUCUGUAUCCUAAACUCCGACCCUUCUUCUUCCUCCUCCGCCUCUUUCUCCUCCAUAGCCACCGCUGCUUACUCGGAGAGCGAUUCGGAUUCCUCAUGGGACAAAUUCGUAGGUGCCUUUUUGAAUUCACUCGUCUUCGUCGCUGCAAUCACUGUUGCAACGUUCGUUCUCGUCCUUCUCUUUUACCUCAGAUGUGUUAAAUUCUUGAAAUUUUACAUGGGUUUCUCAGCUUUCAUCGUUUUAGGGAACUUAGGUGGAGAAAUCUUAGUUUUAUUGAUCGAUCAUUUUAGAUUCCCGAUUGAUUGCAUCACGUUUCUGAUACUUUUAUUCAAUUUCUCCGUCAUUGGUGUCUUCGCUGUGUUCAUGUCCAAGUUUUCGAUUUUGGUCACUCAAGGCUACUUGGUUUGGAUUGGUGUUUUGGUUGCUUACUCCUUCACGUUAUUGCCUGAAUGGACUACUUGGGUUCUUCUCGUAGCUUUGGCACUUUAUGAUAUUGCUGCUGUGCUUUUACUUGUUGGUCUGUUACGUCUUCUUGUUGAAAUGGCUAUAUCUAGAGACGAAGAUAUCCCGGCUUUGGUUUACGAAGCACGCCCUGUGAUUCGAAAUGAUUCACGUUUGAUUCACAAUUGUAAUUGUUGUUUGUAUAACAACUUAUAAGUUGUAAUGAAGGCAGAAUAGAGACAGGAAUCUAGCUAAUGGUGCGAUUGCGAAUCUUGUGGAUGAAGUUGGUGGAGCGCUUGUACAAAUCCAAGGCUUACCUCCUUGUGUUCCUGUGGACAUGUCUAUUGCAUUCCUUUCUAAAGCCAAGCUCGGUCUCAUAGAAUCACAGGUUUCAACUAUUCAUACUGCCGUAGUGGUUUCAAGUGGCUUGGACUUGAUUGUUGAUGACUUGGAUGAUGAAGAAGAAGAUGAAGGUCCCAGUAAUCUAUGAGGACAAGGACAGUGAUGAAGAAGAAGGAGAAGGAAAAGAGGAAGCAAUGGAGACAGAUGAAGAGGCAGACAACUCAGCCGAUGAAGCAGCUGAUGGUGUGAAUGAUUUUGAAGGAUUUGACGACAUGAGCGAUUGAGAAGGCUCCUGAAAACAAAAGUUUUGUUUUUCUUUUUUUACAUUUUAUGUACAAUGUUUUUUUGUAAAUCUUUAUUCUAAGAACACC